AUGCAGAUGUCCCCCGAAGCCCAAUACAGAUGUCCCCCAAAGCUAUACAGAUGUCCCCCAGAGCCCAAUGCAGAUGUCGCCCAGAGCACAAUGCAGAUGUCCCCCGAAGCCCAAUACAGAUGUCCCCCAAAGCUAUACAGAUGUCCCCCAGAGCCCAAUGCAGAUGUCGCCCAGAGCACAAUGCAGAUGUCCCCCGAAGCCCAAUACAGAUGUCCCCCAAAGCUAUACAGAUGUCCCCCAGAGCCCAAUGCAGAUGUCGCCCAGAGCACAAUGCAGAUGUCCCCCGAAGCCCAAUACAGAUGUCCCCCAAAGCUAUACAGAUGUCCCCCAGAGCCCAAUGCAGAUGUCGCCCAGAGCACAAUGCAGAUGUCCCCCGAAGCCCAAUACAGAUGUCCCCCAAAGCUAUACAGAUGUCCCCCAGAGCCCAAUGCAGAUGUCGCCCAGAGCACAAUGCAGAUGUCCCCCGAAGCCCAAUACAGAUGUCCCCCAAAGCUAUACAGAUGUCCCCCAGAGCCCAAUGCAGAUGUCGCCCAGAGCACAAUGCAGAUGUCCCCCGAAGCCCAAUACAGAUGUCCCCCAAAGCUAUACAGAUGUCCCCCAGAGCCCAAUGCAGAUGUCGCCCAGAGCACAAUGCAGAUGUCCCCCGAAGCCCAAUACAGAUGUCCCCCAAAGCUAUACAGAUGUCCCCCAGAGCCCAAUGCAGAUGUCGCCCAGAGCACAAUGCAGAUGUCCCCCGAAGCCCAAUACAGAUGUCCCCCAAAGCUAUACAGAUGUCCCCCAGAGCCCAAUGCAGAUGUCGCCCAGAGCACAAUGCAGAUGUCCCCCGAAGCCCAAUACAGAUGUCCCCCAAAGCUAUACAGAUGUCCCCCAGAGCCCAAUGCAGAUGUCGCCCAGAGCACAAUGCAGAUGUCCCCCGAAGCCCAAUACAGAUGUCCCCCAAAGCUAUACAGAUGUCCCCCAGAGCCCAAUGCAGAUGUCGCCCAGAGCACAAUGCAGAUGUCCCCCGAAGCCCAAUACAGAUGUCCCCCAAAGCUAUACAGAUGUCCCCCAGAGCCCAAUGCAGAUGUCGCCCAGAGCACAAUGCAGAUGUCCCCCGAAGCCCAAUACAGAUGUCCCCCAAAGCUAUACAGAUGUCCCCCAGAGCCCAAUGCAGAUGUCGCCCAGAGCACAAUGCAGAUGUCCCCCGAAGCCCAAUACAGAUGUCCCCCAAAGCUAUACAGAUGUCCCCCAGAGCCCAAUGCAGAUGUCGCCCAGAGCACAAUGCAGAUGUCCCCCGAAGCCCAAUACAGAUGUCCCCCAAAGCUAUACAGAUGUCCCCCAGAGCCCAAUGCAGAUGUCGCCCAGAGCACAAUGCAGAUGUCCCCCGAAGCCCAAUACAGAUGUCCCCCAAAGCUAUACAGAUGUCCCCCAGAGCCCAAUGCAGAUGUCGCCCAGAGCACAAUGCAGAUGUCCCCCGAAGCCCAAUACAGAUGUCCCCCAAAGCUAUACAGAUGUCCCCCAGAGCCCAAUGCAGAUGUCGCCCAGAGCACAAUGCAGAUGUCCCCCGAAGCCCAAUACAGAUGUCCCCCAAAGCUAUACAGAUGUCCCCCAGAGCCCAAUGCAGAUGUCGCCCAGAGCACAAUGCAGAUGUCCCCCGAAGCCCAAUACAGAUGUCCCCCAAAGCUAUACAGAUGUCCCCCAGAGCCCAAUGCAGAUGUCGCCCAGAGCACAAUGCAGAUGUCCCCCGAAGCCCAAUACAGAUGUCCCCCAAAGCUAUACAGAUGUCCCCCAGAGCCCAAUGCAGAUGUCGCCCAGAGCACAAUGCAGAUGUCCCCCGAAGCCCAAUACAGAUGUCCCCCAAAGCUAUACAGAUGUCCCCCAGAGCCCAAUGCAGAUGUCGCCCAGAGCACAAUGCAGAUGUCCCCCGAAGCCCAAUACAGAUGUCCCCCAAAGCUAUACAGAUGUCCCCCAGAGCCCAAUGCAGAUGUCGCCCAGAGCACAAUGCAGAUGUCCCCCGAAGCCCAAUACAGAUGUCCCCCAAAGCUAUACAGAUGUCCCCCAGAGCCCAAUGCAGAUGUCGCCCAGAGCACAAUGCAGAUGUCCCCCGAAGCCCAAUACAGAUGUCCCCCAAAGCUAUACAGAUGUCCCCCAGAGCCCAAUGCAGAUGUCGCCCAGAGCACAAUGCAGAUAGCUGUCAGUCCAGCCACUUGGCAUCACUCCCCACAAGGCCACGCUCUCCUCACUGGCACGGCCGCGCUGCUCUGCUCUCUUAGGAAUACGGCCAUGUUGACCCGCUCAUCUCCUCUCCAGCCCAGGAUUGGGAGUUGGACUGCCCAGGAGACUGCCAGCGGCAGCGGACCAGUUGGUAACUGGUGGUGGUUGGGAACCUCUGCUGUGCGGUGUGGGGCUGUCCAUGGCCGUGCCUGCGUCGGGAAGGAAGAGGAGGAGCUAUAA